UUAACACGUUAUUUAAUACGGAAGAAUUAUAAAUGCUCUUCAGACAUGGAAGAAGAAACACAAGACGAUAAGCCUUCCGCUUCUAUUUUUUCACGAUAUAGGAGUCCAACAUUUAGUAGAAAUGAAGUUCAAACCUUAAUAAAUAUUGUUGGAAGACAUAAGUACACAAUCCUUAAUAAAUCAACUAAUUCGGCUGUGAACCAGGCCAAAGAGCUUUCAUGGGAGAAAAUAACUAAAACAUUCAACAGUAGGGGUUUCAAGCAUGAGAGAACCACGGAUUCUUUGAAGACAAAGUGGGAGAAUCUUAAAAAGGACGCAAGAAAACUUGCCAAAAAUGUAGUAGAUGAUAACAACAGUUACAGUGAUCUGACUAGGCAAAUAGUGGCGAUGAUGUCUGACGUAGAUGCCAAUGCUCCUAGUGAACAGAGCCAAAACAUGGAGGAUACAGAAGAAUUUAAUGAGCCUAUUUCAAAUGAUGAAAAAUUAAGUCAAGACUUGAAAAUAAAGUCCUAUUGGGAGAGUGUAGAAGAGAAGGAUUCUGAUGACUCGCAUGAUGGGAAUGAUGGUGAAAAAAGAACUAACCGAUCCCUCAAUUUCGCCCCACAAGAGUGCAGCCUCCUACUGGAUUGUGUCAGGAAGGAGAAAAGGUUUGUGUUCUCUAAGGAAUACAAUGCACAUGCCAUUGGGUUGAAGAAUAAAGCUUGGAGAAGGAUAUCUGCAGCUUUCAACAGUAAGAGUCCUCAGAAGAGAUCCCAGAAGGUUUUACGCACAAAGUUCAAUAACAUGAAAACAGUGGCUAAAACCAUGGGUAUCAAAGAUGCUGUUAGGAAUUUUGAUAUGAAUAAUACGAAACAUGAAAAAUUGAUAAAUGAAAGCUCCAAGCCAAUCAAGUCGGAGCCUAUGUUCGAAAUGGAGCUGGGACUAAACGGGCCAGAUGACGACGACCGUCACAACUCAGACAGCAACCAGUUCGUGCCAGAUCCGCUCAGCACUGUCCUUAACAGCGAUUCUGGAAUAGGUUCAACACACUCGAGUUCUUGGAGUCAAGAUAAUAAAGAAGUAGCAAAUUUAAAAUUGAAACUAUUAAAUUACAAAAUGGAAACAGCCAGACUGGAAAGGCAAAGGCUAGAAGAAGCCGCCCGCGCGUCAGCCGCAACCCGCGAGUCGGACUCCAUCGCCGCCGCCCUGCGACUCCGCGCCGCGCGCCUCGAAGCCCUCGCGGGCGCCGCCAAGCUGCCGCCGCAGCACCCCGCGCUACUCUUCACUCCCGAGGAACAGCCAGCGGAGAGAUACUUGCGCCAGUAUGAACAUACUUGAACGGAUGUUAGUACUUUUUUAUUGAUACUUUUUUUAAAAGGGACAGUUGAACGCUUCGAUCGCUAAGAACAGUUUUAAAGUCGAGAGUUGUAGGGCCCGUAGCGCACAAAUUAUAAGUGCUAUCAAAGUAACAUUCAGGUGUGCAAAGUUUACAUUUGAUUU